GGCCGGGUGAGAGUUUUGGGCGCAGCUCCAUCAGAGAAGGAAGCGGAGUUUCCGGCUGUUUGCAGCGGAGGGAGAGGAUUGCUGACGCCGCGAAACCCCGAGAAACACGCCGGCGGCUCGGGGGCGGGGGUGGCUAGCAGUUGUUUGAACAUCGGCAAGUGGUCGUUUUCUUUCGUGUGAGGGGGGGUGCUGGUGAUUACACGGCGGUAUAUACACGUUUUCUUUACGAGCCGAGGGGUCGGACAGCAGACGGGAGCAAAGCGGCACAAGGCGGGGGUGAGCCACCAGCUACCGGCAUGGCCAGGGACUACGACUACCUCUUCAAGCUGCUCAUCAUCGGUGACAGCGGAGUGGGGAAGAGCAGUCUCCUCCUGCGGUUCGCAGACAACACUUUCUCAGGUAGCUACAUCACCACGAUCGGCGUGGACUUCAAGAUCCGGACGGUGGAGAUCAACGGAGAGAAGGUGAAGCUACAGAUCUGGGACACCGCAGGGCAGGAGCGCUUCCGCACCAUCACCUCCACAUACUACAGGGGAACACAUGGCGUCAUAGUGGUUUACGACGUCACAAGUGCGGAGUCCUUCGUCAACGUCAAACGAUGGCUACACGAAAUCAACCAGAACUGUGACGAUGUGUGCCGAAUAUUAGUGGGAAACAAAAACGACGACCCCAACUCCAAGGUGGUCGAGACGACCGACGCGCAGAAGUUCGCCGAGCAGAUGGGGAUCAACCUGUUUGAGACGAGCGCCAAAGAGAACAUCAACGUUGAAGAGAUGUUCAACUGCAUCACGGAGCUGGUCCUGAGAGCCAAGAAGGAGGUGCUCGCCAAGCAGCAGCAGCAGCAACAGAACGACGUGGUCAAACUCACCCGGAACAGUAAACGAAAGAAAAAGUGCUGCUAGCGAGCUCCGAGCCAUCCAGCGAGGGGCGGCGGCGCGUUCUUUCACAUGCGCAUACACACAAGAUGGGACUCGGAGCAUCUAAAUUAAAGAGCGAAUAAAGAUUUAAUAAAUAUACGGUGAAAGAUUAAAAAAAAAAAAAAAAAAACACAACAGGAAAAAAAAAAGUCCCGUUUGGACAAACUAAUCAUGACGGCUUAAAAGAAAUGUGUACAGAUUUUAUUAGAUGGUCAAAUCAAGUUUUAUUUGGAUUUCAGCAGAUGGGCACUAUUGACCUGAGGUCCUCCUUUCUUUAAGGAUCUGCAAGCCAACGACUGACCGCCAUAAUGCUCCGGUUUGUAUCCACGUACCCCCCCCCCCCGCCACUCCUCAUCUCUCCUUCUCAUUCCACUGCACACGGGACAUUCAGAGUCAGACUCUGCGCCUGAGGAGGAGGAGGGUUCCCCCUUUUCUGGAUUUCUUUGUUAUUUCUAGGUUUAUUUGUUGGGGGGGGGGGGGGGGGGGGGGGGGUUUGGGUUGGUUGGUAGGAGGUGUUUUUCAGAGCGGGAGUCUUGAGCCCGAGUGAAGGCCGCACCGUCUCUCUGCAGUCAACGUGUCAGAGUCCGUGAGAUCAUGAACUGCUAGGUUUAGUUUCAUUUGACAUGAUGAGGAUGAUGAUGAUGAUGAUGGUCUUUAGCAACUAAUCCGAUGGACAGAACUGGUAACCUUUUCACUUUGUUUUCCUUUGUCUACAUUUGCCAAUCCUUCCAUCCUCCACCCGCAUAUAACCUCAAAUAGUGCUGAGCCAACGCCCCCCCCCCCCCCUCACUGCAGUCUUACUACUCGUUCAGAGUUUUUUAAAUCUUUUUCCCCUCAUUCCCUUAAAAAAAAAUAAACACUGAUACUGCCAAUAUAUAUGUAAAAAAAGAGGUCAGUGGUGCCCAUCAUUUGGAUUGUUGCCAUAGUGACCCCUGUUUGUUCGGGUGAAUCGGGAUCUGAUUCGACCCCAUUGAGUCCUCAGGAAGUGCUCAGGGCUGCCCCCCCCCCACGACCCCACUCCACCCCAACCGCCUCACACCCCACCCACCCACAUAUCAGCACCUCCUCACAGUGACGGACUGGCCCAUCGCAGCCGGUGCUGUUUGAGCAUGUAACACUUUGAAGGUGUUUGUAAAAAGGUUUACGUGCAUUUUUACACGGCCCAGGAUUUACUGCAUUUUCUCCCCUUGCAGAACAUUCUUAACAGUCGACUGAUGUCAUGGUUGCUUGUUUUUUUUUUUUUCUUCCUUUAGCUUUUAAAAGCUGUCACACCCCCCCCCCCACCCCCCACCCAACCCACUGCCACCGGUCGGAUCGAAGUGUUACCUGACAGUGUUGUAGGCCGCCGGUGGGAGCGUCGAUGUGAGAACGCACUGCGUCACUGGAGCUCGCUCACUGCCGGGGUCGUUACUGACUUCUUACCCCCCCCCCCCCCCCCACCCCCCCCCCCCUCCUCCCUCCUCCUCCUUUACUGUUGAAUUGGGAGAGUUAACAGACAGCUGUGACCUCCAGGGCUUAGGAAUGGUAUCAAAUCACUCAUUUCUACUCAUUACGUGUAUGUAUAUAUAAAUAUAUUUGUGUGUUUAUAUUCGAUAUAGAACAUACACACACACGAUUAGCACACCGAGCCGUGCAUGUGCAGAACAUGCCCCGUGUGCCAUGGUUGGAAAACACACACUCGUCAGCUGUGGUUUUGCUGUACACUGGAGAAAAAGAGACGUACGAUUCAUUUUUCCCUUCAUGAAUUUAAUCAGUAAUAAACGUUUUUAAAGGAAUAAAUAUUUGACACGUUAUGAGUCAUCUCAUGUGUCACUGAUUUCGAGGCUUGGUCUUAUCAUUUUAAACCUGUGUCUUUAUUUUUAUUUUUUUGCUUUCUGUGAAUAAAAUUGUAUGGGAGAAAGUGA